AUGAAGGAGAGGCGACGGGGCCGGAGCGGAGAGGGAGGAGACCUCGCCGGAGAUGGCGCGGUGGAGGCGGCGGGGUUGGUGACGGCGCGGUGGUCGGCGGAGUCGAGGCGGCGGCGAAUGGCACGACGGCGGCAGGGUCGGCGACGGAGGCUCGGGGCGCGGCGCCAGCGGAGGAGCGGGAGGACGAGGGCGGCGGCGCGGGGCACGGGAGGAGGCGGCGCGGGAGCCUCGGGCGCAGGCGCGGCGGUCGGGUCCCGCGGGCCAGACGCGGGCCUCGCGGGCUGGCGGCGCGGGAGCGGCGGCGUGGGACACGUGGCGGCGGCGGAUUGGGCGGGGGCAGCGGCGGACGUGUCCGGCGACGGGGGAUGUUUUGUCCGGCGCGCGGGGGAGGAAGAGGUUAGGGUUUGA